AGCUGUUACACAAAAACAUCACGAGUGGCUGGUGCAGCUGUGUUACAAAUACAGCACAUGGUAGCAUUUGGUAGCAGCUCGUAGCGACGGACACCCCUCAGGCCCCAAACUCCGAGCUUGUUUGAAUCCUCAGCCUACAAGUUAAAGUUGCACAGCUUUUAGUUUGGUAACUGUUAAUUGUAAUAGGCCGACAACUUUGAAGCCAUUUGUCCUCGUACGAGGCUGUGAGCGAGCACCAAAUUGCGAGUUUGAGGGCUUUUAAAAACCCCUUGUCCCACUCCGCCUGCAGCAGCUGUACAGAAGCUAGCAUGUCGACCGGCUCAAACCAAGUUAAAAGUUGCCCCAUCCCCACCAGGGUGCUCACCCUGAAGGACUGGUCCCAGCUACCCGACUGUUACAGCCAGACACCCGGGGGGACCCUCUUCUCCACCACGCCUGGAGGUACCCGCAUCAUCUAUGACAGGAAGUUUCUGUUGGAUUGUCGAAACUCCCCUCUUGCCCGGACCCCCCCAUGCUGUCUGCCCCAGAUCCCAGGGGUAACUGUACCUGCUACACACCCCAUGGGGAAAUUGCAGGAUCUCAAAGAGGAGGCUGAAGAGGAAGAGAAGGAAAUUGCAGAUGACAACCAGUUUGAGAUGGACAUCUGAGCUCCAGUAUUACCUCCUGUGGAGAGUUAUUGGUUAAAACCCCUCCAAGGUCAUUGCUGACCGUAAUUCAUUACAUAUAAAGCUUUUUUCUUUUUUUUUUUUUUCUUUUUUUAAAUAAAAGCUUUUGAGAGCAACCGAAAAAAAUGGUAAGUUAUAAAACUGUAGGGUGUUUUUUACCCUAAAAAAAAAAAUGUGUAUGAAAUGGGUUGAUUGGUUGCUCACUCACUUCAUAGCUAUAGCAGGAUUGAAAAAAUCUGUUUUGAUUUCAUUUUUUUUUUUUAAUCUUUUGUAAAUAAGAAAGUUUACUAUGUAGCCUAUUUUUUAAUUUGGGGGAAUAUAGGUUGAUUACAUUAAGACAUGUAAAGUAGGGUUUUUCACUGCAGGCAUCAGGUUUUGUUUUGUUUUUGUUUUUUUGUUUUUUUUUGUAUUUCCCUCCCAAAAAGGAAGGCUAACUUUCUUUGUGAUGGGCAGACAAGGGUCUCCUAAUAUUGGGGGUCAGGGCCUACAGAAAAUCAGCUCCUACUCUGUUUUUGUAUGGAGGGAGAGAUGAAUUGUAAAUUUCAAAUAAAGACAAUUCAAACAGUCAAA